GUCUUCAGAGGGCUGGGAUGGACAGUUUGAUCCUGGAGGCUAGUGACACCAAAGUCCUGGUGAGAUGUCCUUGAGUGGCAACACGAGCCAAUCUUCUUCGUCGACGACAGCGCCGUCUCUGGCCUUGAACAGCUCCAACUCUUCGCUUUCCCGACCAUGGGAGAGGGGAAGAAGCAGUCAUGAGCCUGUGCAGUGGCCAGGCAAUGAGACCCAGCUCCUCUCAAACUUCUUUGUUCUUGAGCACGAUGAGCAGUGCCAUAUGUCUCCCAUUCUCACUGGGGUUCUAGUAGUGUGGUACAGCAUAACAAUGGUGCUGGGGCUGUUGGGAAACAUCGGCCUCAUCUGCAUAAUCACCCGUCGGAGAGAAAAAGUCAAUGUCACCAGCAUUUUCAUCUGCAACCUGUCCUUCUCUGACAUUCUGGUGUGUGUCUUCUGCCUACCUUUCACUGUCAUAUACACAAUAAUGGAUCAUUGGGUGUUUGGGUCGCUGUUAUGUCGGCUGGUGCCGUUCAUCCAGUGUGUGUCUGUGACUGUUUCCGUGCUGUCUCUAGUUUUCAUUGCUCUGGAAAGACAUCAGCUCAUCAUUAACCCCUCUGGGUGGAAACCGAGCAUCCCUCAGGCCAACAUGGCAGUCGUUCUCAUUUGGAUUCUAGCCUGCUUCACCUCGACACCAUUCUUGGCCUUUCAGCUACUCACAACCGAGCCCUACACUAAUGUCGUCCUCCCCCAGUCUCCACUUCAUCAACAAGCCACUUCCCAGGCUUAUCUCAAUGCAUCUCUGCCUCAAACUGCCUCUCACACAUACAAAAACUCAUCUGUGCCUCCAAGUUCAUACCACACCCUCUUGUCUUAUGUCCCCACAAUUCCGCAUAUGGAGGCCUGUCUGGAGCAUUGGCCAUCCCAGCAACACAGGCUUGCAUACACCACAUGGCUCCUGCUAUUCCAGUACUGUGGCCCACUAUUGCUGGUCCUGCUCUGUUAUGUUAGGGUGUUUGUGCGCCUUCGCCAACGCAAAGAAAUGCUCAACCGUGCCAGGACCCCAGAGAGCCAGCGCAUUACCCACAGCCGCAGAAUCAACAUCAUGCUGGUCGCACUCAUAACAGCCUUUGCCCUUUGCUGGCUGCCACUCACCAUCUUCAAUGUGCUGUCAGACUGGAACCAGGAGGCUCUGCCCAUCUGCCACCACAACCUGCUCUUCUCCCUCUGCCACUUACUGGCCAUGUCUUCCACCUGCAUCAACCCCAUCAUCUACGGCUUCCUCAACUCCAACUUCCGGCAGGAGGUGAGAGAGGUGCUCAUGCACUGCUGCUGCCGCCCACUAGAAGAGGAGUGUGAGCAAUUCCCCAUGUCCAUUGUGCACAUGGAAGUGUCCCGCACCUCUGUGCCUCUCAACUGCAGUAACAACUCUCUCUGACUUUGAUACUGCAACCCUGAAUACUUCUGAAGUACCAUGUAGUAAACUGAACAGCUGUAGCACUCACUUCUGCUGUUUGUUCUAAUGACAGUUUUGAUAGCGGUUUAAAGUGCAACAUGUUUGUCAGUGGUUUUAAGUGAUUAUCAGUGUUGGUUUAUCUUAUUCCUAAAGAGCAUGUUGAUGUAAAAAAAAAGGUAGUUUGUGAAAAUUGCGUUGCUCAAUCCAUGCUUCAUACUAGUUUUUAAACAGUACAUACAAUGUACUAAUCAUUACUGGAUACUGCUUUUUACUUUAAAGUAAGUACAAAAUAUAUUGACAUAUUUGACCAAUUUACACCAACAGGAUAUUGUUUCAAAUGUACCCGGUUGGGUGUCAAUUAAACUUCACAAACACAAACUGAAAUGUGUUUGCCAAAUAUCUUACACAAUUUAUGUUGGAACCACACCACAAGCUCCGUAUUGUAUUCGUUAUCGACACAGAGAGAGGUGACAAGAAUUGAGAAACCGAGGAAAACCUAACAAAUGCAUUCACACAGACAGAGCACAUGUGUUCACUGAAUAGGCCUUUUUAUUUUCCCAAAGCAGAUUUAUUGACAUGUCACAAAAGUAAAAGCAUGGGUGUUACUGAUAACGUUAACAAUGUCUCAAUCAUCCCACUAUUUAUUUUUUAUUGUGUUCCCCACAGCGACAUGUCAAAAUGUCUACUGUGAAAAAAUGUCCAUUGUUUGAUGAUUAUAUAGUAAAAAAGCAUGCGACUGCAUCAGCAGACCUCAACCAAGCCGAACUUCCAAGGUAGAUUUUGAACCCACUUAACACCAAAUGAAGGAGAAUGAAAAAAAAAAAUGUUUGUAAUCCUGCAGCAGAAAAGAAAAGAGCACUGCAGCGGUUCUCGAUGCUUGUGCCCUACUGAGACAUGUUCCUAUGCUGCAUGUUUUGUUGUCUCACUUAAUGUGUCAUGGAAUUGUCUAUAUUGAAAAGUAGCACAGGCGAAUUUUGGGAUAAAUGGUACACAUGUUAAAAACGUCUUUUAUGAGUGGUCUGCUGCUGUUGUAUUUCUCACAUUUUAUUUCUACAAUUUGUAUUUAUUGCAUCUGUGCAGUGAAAUCAGUGUUUGAGCUUAGUGAACACAAACACAAGGUCUAUUGUAUUCUGUGAUUAAUAUGACUUCCAGGGGUAACAUGUAAUAAAGAUUGUUAGAUUGCAAGUUUACUAUAGGAGGGAUUUAAUAAAUAAAUGAAUAAUGUAAAAUGUGUUAAUGCAAUGUUUUUAAUGUAUAUUAAAAGGUGUCUCUCU